UGUGGACGUCAACCAAAUGUUGGAAGGCACAGGUCAAGAACCAAGUUGCAAGCAUUUCUCCUGUUUCCACCAAUUUUCCUUUCUCCUUUGAUAUUUUCUGGUUGUGUUUCUAGGUUGUACUUUAUUUCUUUACAGGGUCCAUGACGGCCGUUCUGUCUCCUACAGAUGCCCUACGCAGAGACCCAAUAAUGGCCUCCUUAGAAGACAAUUACUCCUCCACGGACUGGAAAGCGAAGUACAAUGAAGUCGCAGAUAUGCUGGCAGAGACUCGUGCCGAACUCGAUGAAUUUCAUACAUCUAGUAAAGAGCUUGAGGAGGAGUUAAUCAAAGAAAUAGACCGUACAGAGAAAGCACAGCAGGAUCUCAAAGUCAAGGUCGCAAAGACAGAAUUAGACCGAGACGAAUGGAAGUCCAAAUUUAUAUCGCUACAGACCACGCACAAUACAACCACCACCUCCCUGCAACGAGAGUUAGAUACACUCAGGCAGGAGUCUCAGAAAUUGAAGGUCAGAUUGCGCGACCUGGAGUUGGGCAAUGAUGACCUCGAGAGAAAUGAGCGUGUGGUCGCGUCAAGUCUCGCGGAUAUAGAGACAAGAUAUUCCAAGGCGCUGGAAGAAAAGAUAUUACUCGAGCACGAACUCCUUGACAAGGCCAAUGUGGAAGAAGAACUACAACGUGUCAAGGAUGAGCUACGAGAUUCAUCUGUAGAAAUUUCUAUCCUCAAGGAUCAGCUAACAGCUGCUCGUUCUAGGGCAGCGAGCAUUGUGACCGAAACUUCCAGUUCCACCACCGUUUCAUCACUAUUUCCUCCUCCUUCGACGGCUUCAUCGGAUGACAAUCUGCUUAGUACUCCGCCACCGCCAGAUCUUGAACUAUCUGAUCUUUCUUCCAACGAGAAAUCCUCUAUUUCUACCCCUACUCGCCCCCCUUCUACCGCUGCCAGCUCAAAUCAUGGACAAUCCGUCCUACUCCAGCGCGCAGGUUUCCAACUGAGCAAACGUAACCCUGAUACUUUCCUCGCCUUCAUUGAUGACCCUUCUAGCGUAUCCAACAUCACUGCCGUACCCAUGAUGGCAUCCAGAAGCAAGGGUGUUCAAAUGGUUUCCGAAAUGCGUGCUCGUGUCAGGAAUCUAGAACAGAAGAUUCACACACGUGUCCCUCGCUUACGGAUGGGCAGCAAUGCUGGGCGGCAGGGAGCGACAAUAUCCACGAUGGCCUCCACAUCCACUAUAUCCUCUACAUUGUCAUCCAAGAGUACCUUUUCACGUUCUGUGAUACCGGACAGCAAACUUGGUAGACCGACUCCACAGCGACUUGGCGUAGAUACUGCUUUGGCAGGUGGUGCGACCACUCCCAACCCUAAUAAUGCAGGAUGGGUUCUCAUUAUGGACGAUACUACUCCCUCUCCAAAUAAGGACGCUGAGGAGGAACCCAGACGCUCAUCCAGUCCCUCACCCCCCAGUGCUUUUCACCGUGGAGUUCCUUCGUCGGCAUCAUCUCCUAUUUUCUCCAAGCCCAGUCAAUUUGGCCAAAGUACAAUGACCCAUAGUCGUCGACCUCAAUCACGCCUCUCUGGAGCCAGCCUCAGCACUACUGCAACAAUGAGUUCCAUCCCUACUCCUUCAUCUCGCCCCGCAACUCCCACUUUCCUUCCCAUUCCGAUCUCUCGUCCAGGAGUCACUGGAUACAAGAAGUCCACCGCGCCAGGGACUGGUCCGUAUGGCGGUCUACCGAAACGUUCCUCCAUAGGUUCCAGCAAUGCUGGGUCACCCACUCCUUCUUCGGAUUCAGAAUUCCGUACUCGUGAGCGACCGUUCUCAUACAACGGGAAAGUCCAGAACGACUUGAAAUCGCUACCGCACCCCAACGUGACAGUUCGGGCAUCAUCUAGAAUCCCAUCCUCAGCCAGCAGUGCCUCGAUAUUGUCACAAAGUAGGAUUGGUCGACCUGCUGGUAUCACCGGUGCGUGGAAGAGCGGCGGAUUAGAGCUUCCUAGUCAGGAAAAUGGCGGUUUGUUAGAACCUGACAAGAAACCUCGGGGCAGGUCCGCGAGCAACAUGCUCAAUUUUGGACGUGGCGGCGCUUCUUGAUUUUUCUUUCAGAAUAUCUCAUUUUCCACUGCACGCACUUUAGGUCUCUAGGACCACUACUCCAUGCCCACUCGUUUUCGCGAACUAUUCUGCAGGGUGUACCUGCUGAUCCAUGCCUCCUAUGACAUUAAUGACAGAACACAACGACUACCCAUUUACCAGCGACACUUCGUGCUUCUCACUUCCGCUGGUACCACGAUACAUUACUUGUUUCCGAUCUGUUCUCAUAUUUUUCUUUUUUUCCAUCUGUCAUUUUAUUUUUCUCUGCGGAAUUGUGUGAAUUAUUCCUAAUGAUCAUUUACGUAACCAUAAUGACAAUG